AUGCAGGAUUCAACCCAAAAAGAGAAAGAAAAAGGAUCAAAGGAAUAUAGCAGUAAAUGUACAUUAAGUACAAAGAGUCCUUUCAAGUCGAGCGUAGCAGAAUUUAGAGGUUUUGUAUUUGUGUUAUUUGAGAUGGGUAACAAAGCAUCCGUUCGUGAUGUGUUCAAGUCGAGCGUAGCAGAAUUUAGAGGUUUUGAAUUUGUGUUAUUUGAGAUGGGUAACAAAGCAUCCGUUCGUGAUGUGGUAACUACAGCUUAUCAAGCUGAUCGCGACGAGGGUUCUGAUCUGCCGCUGCUUGAUUUGUUAAAUUAUUUGAACGCCGAAUCAAGAAAAGCCGCUCUGGAAACAAAAAUCAAAGAUGGCGACGACCUUGCCACUCCUCUCAUCGUCGCUGCUCGUGAUGGAAAACUGGAUGUUGUGAAGGUUCUUUUACGUUAUGAAGCAAACAUCGAGGGCCGUGGAACGAUUAAGAUCUAUGGAGAAGUUAUAGAGAAUUGUACAGCUUUGUGGGUCGCUGCUGCUAAAGGUCAUUUUGAUGUUGUGAGACUCUUGAUCGAACAAAACGCCGAAGUCGACGGCAGAACAUCGAGCAAUUCGACUCCGUUGAGAGCUGCUGCCUUCGAUGGACACCUUGAUAUUGUGCGUUGUUUGGUGGAGAACGGGGCCGAUGUAAAUGCACGCACUAAUUGCAGUAGUACUCCUCUGAUGAUCACAUGUUACAAUGGCCACCUGGAUGUUGCUUCCUAUCUUAUCAAACACGGCGCAAACAUAAAUCUACAAGACAACGAUGGACGCUCGUGUCUUCAUUAUGCUUCGAAACGGGGUCACGUUCAGUUAGUUUGUGAGUUGCUUGCUUUAGGAGCAAAACAAACACAAAAUCUUAACCGUUUAACACCACUUCUUGAAGCCAGUAAUGAUUGUAAAAUUGAAAUGGUGGAGUGUUUCAUCAGCCGACCUGAAUGUUCAAAGGAACAAAGAAUCGAUGCUCUUGAGCUUCUUGGAGCCACCAUUGCUAAUGAUAUUGAUGCUUAUGACAUUGAAAAAGCGUUUAGUUUCAUGAAGCGAGGAAUGGAGGAGAGGUACGAGGACCCGUCAUGUCCUUUGCUUAAAAAGAAAAUGGAACCAGUGGAGGCUUAUCAAAAUAGAACAGAGAGUCAAACUCUUGAGGAACUUUCUCUCUUAGAAGGUGAUGAUCAUGCUAUCCAGAUGGAGGGACUCAUGAUUAGAGAGAGAAUCUUGGGAACUGACAAUACAAUACUACGGUACCCGAUACGUUACCGAGGAGCUGUCCUUGCUGAUUGUAAGAAAUACGAACUCUGUAUUGGUUUGUGGACACGAGCGAUGGAGAUAGCUUUGAAUUGUAAUGUUCAAAUAACAAUGGAUCUUGAAAGCUUUACAGAUGUUAUUGCAGAAAUGGUGCAGAGUGGUCACAGUUUGAGUUCACAAACUAUCGAGAACAUUUUUGAAAAACUUAUCGAUGGAAAAAGGAAACUGUCCGAAAAGUUGAAGAGUGGAGAAUUGGAAGAAGAGCAAAAAAAUGAGGCGCAAGAGACAUUGCUUUUUAAUGCUCUAUAUCUCUUGGUGAUGUACACCAAAGUUCAAGUCUCCUCGGAAAUGAAAAAUGGCAACAUGAUUGAUCUUCUUCAAAGAUUUCUGUGUUUAGAACCUCGCACCCGUGAUGGAAAUACACUUUUGCACUUGGCUGUAUGGCAUAAGACUCCUGUUCCUAGAGACACUGUAGCUGAUUUGCGAGGUGUUUGCGAACUUCCCUGUGUUGAGACCAUGAAGCUAAUUUUACAUGCAGGGUGUGAUGUGAAUUCCGUUAAUGCCCAAGGAAACACUCCUCUUCAUUUAGCCGUUACUUUUGUACCAGAUCCUGAACAAGUAGACAUUUUGAAAGAAAUGCUGGAGUUGUUGUUAGAUCUGGGCGCAGAUACAAAGCUUGUGGACAAGAAUGGUCAAACAGUUAUGGACUGCUGCGAGACUGACGAUGCCCGAUGCAUCCUGUCUGCGAAAGGAAGACUAGGUGCCAUAAACAUCGAGGCCAGAAAGGAUGAAGUAACUGGAAGUGGAGUCGAUGAAGGAAGAGGGGAAAGAUUUGUUCCUGAAACCGAAAAAGACGUAAAUGAGAAUGUUAAAAGGGAUACUAAAGAGACAUCAGGACUAUUUAGAGAGUUGACACAGCAGCUGGAAAACGUUCAAGAGCAACCAAGAAACAGAGAUGGACAACUGAGGGAGAUGACACAACAGUUGACAAAUGUCCGUUGGCAACUACAAGAGAAAGAUGGACAACUAUCAGAAAAAGAUCGCCAACUAAGAGAGAGAGAUGAACAACUUAGGGAGAAGACACAGCAAUUGACAAAUACUCAAGGGCAACUACAAGAGAAAGAUAAACAACUGACAGAGAAGACACAGCAGUUGACAAAUGUCCGUAGGCAACUACAAGAGAGAGAUGGACAACUAUCAGGAAAAGAUCGCCAACUAACAGAGAGAGAUGAAGAACUGAGGGAGAAGACACAGCAAUUGACAAAUACUCAAG